AUGGCGACGGCACCGUGCGCACCCGCCUCCGUCUCCGUCUCCUUCCCCGCCCGCCCGGCGGCGGCGGGGCCCCCUUCCUCUGCCCGUCCGCGGCGCGCCGCUGCUGGAGCGGCGGAGGGCGGCAGGUGGUGGGCGCCGCUGCUGGGGUGGUCGGGGAAGGCCGACUACCUCGAGGCCCCGGCCCCGGUCCCGGCGGUAGCGGUGGCGCAGGACGACGACGCGGGCAGCGCGGCACGCAGGCAGUUCGUGGGGGGCCUGACGGAGGAGAAGGCCCGCCAGCUGCGGGCGCGGAUGGCGCAGACCGAGUCCUUCCACGACGCCAUGUACCACUCGGCCAUCGCCUCCCGCCUCGCCCGCUCCGCCUGA